CUGCUAUAGCCUAGCGUACCUAUCUACUGAUAACAAACGUGCCGAUCAACCGUCUUCGCUCCAUACUGAUUGCCCAUUCGCAUUUCACUUCGUACUACGACACUGGACACUGCUGUUCUGAUCAGGUGACACCGUUGACCUGACACCUUCUACGCUUAAAUCCAUCAGUAUUUCUUCAAUCAAACUUCUACACCAGAUAAAAUGUCUGGAAAAGUGCUGCUCACCGAAGAUGCGACUUAUAAGGCACUGGCAGAGCACUAUUUGGCCAGCGGUUCGUCGCUGAACAUGAAAAGUCUGUUCGCGAACGAUAGUGACCGUUUCGACAAGUUCAGCAUAAGAAUAAACACUCCUAAUGACGGUGAAGUAUUAAUUGAUUAUUCAAAAAACCGUGUGGAUGAAAAGACCUUAGGCCUACUAUUUAAUUUGGCCAAAGCUCGUAAAGUUGAAGAGGCCAGAUCUGCUAUGUUUGGUGGAGAUGUUAUUAACAUAACUGAAAAACGACCUGUGCUGCAUAUAGCUCUACGUAAUCGUUCUAAUAAACCCAUAUUAGUUAAUGGUCAAGAUGUCAUGCCAGAUGUGAACAGUGUUCUGAAGCACAUGAAAGAAUUUACCGAACAAGUAAUAUCCAAAAAAUGGUUAGGAUACACCGGAAAACCUAUUGAAGAUGUUGUUAAUAUUGGUAUUGGAGGAUCAGAUUUAGGUCCAUUAAUGGUAACCGAAGCAUUAAAACCUUUUGCUAUUGGUCCCAAUGUACAUUUUGUAUCUAAUAUUGAUGGGACACAUUUACACGAAGUAUUAAAGAAGGUUAAUCCUGAAACUGUAUUGUUUAUAAUAGCCAGCAAAACAUUUACAACUCAAGAAACUAUAACAAAUGCAAUGUCUGCCAAGAAAUGGUUUUUGGAAACUGUUAAAAAUGAAUACAGUGUAGCUAAACAUUUUGUUGCGCUCUCUACUAAUAAAGAGAAAGUAACUGAAUUUGGAAUUGAUGAGUGUAACAUGUUUGGCUUUUGGGACUGGGUUGGCGGACGCUAUUCACUUUGGUCGGCUAUUGGUCUUUCAAUUUCAUUAUCAAUCGGUUUUGAAAAUUUUGAAUCCUUAUUAAGCGGUGCACACUUCAUGGACCAACAUUUUGUCAACACUCCAUUAGAAAAAAAUGCUCCUGUUAUUUUGGCUUUAUUAGGUAUUUGGUACCACAACUUCCAUGGUGCAGAAACACAUGCACUUCUUCCUUAUGAUCAAUAUUUACAUAGAUUUGCGGCAUACUUUCAACAAGGUGAUAUGGAAUCUAAUGGAAAAUCAGUUACUUUAAAUGGUAUCCCAAUUUCAACAUAUUCUACUGGGCCAAUUGUCUGGGGUGAACCUGGAACUAAUGGUCAACACGCAUUUUACCAACUCAUUCAUCAAGGUACUCGUCUCAUACCUGCUGACUUCAUUGCUCCUGCUGUUACCCACAAUAGCAUAAAUGGAGGUAUUCAUCACAAGAUUUUGAUGGCCAACUUUUUAGCUCAAACUGAAGCACUUAUGAAAGGUAAAACUCCAGAAGAAGCUCGCAAAGAACUCGAAGGUUCCAACUUAGACUCAGCAGAACUUGAAAAGUUAGUUGCACACAAAACUUUUUCUGGAAAUCGUCCAACCAACUCAAUUAUAUUGAAACAAAUUACUCCAUUUACAUUGGGAUUGCUGAUUGCUUUAUAUGAACAAAAAAUUUUUGUUCAAGGUAUUAUUUGGGAUAUUAACUCCUUUGACCAAUGGGGUGUGGAAUUGGGAAAACAACUGGCCAAAAAAAUUGAACCUGAACUUCAAACAUCGGACAUUAUCAAAAGCCAUGAUGCAUCCACUAAUGGCCUAAUCAACUUUAUUAAAUCUCAUUGGUGUUAAAUACCAAGAAAUUAUUUCGUCAAUAUUCUGUUAUUUAUUGAAUGGUUUGUUUAGAUAGAAUGUGGUAGAUUUUAUGUGAAACAAAUACACUUUUUACUAUUUAUUAUUUAAA